AACACAAAGAAAAGGCUGUUGGCGAUUCCUGAGAGAAAGUCGGGGGUCUUCUUUGUCUUUUUGAUUUUCUAAAAUGGAGUGAGGUCCGAGAGAACGCCGUUUCUCUCGGUGUCUCCGCCUCCCAUUUCCUCAAUUUUCAUUCUCUCUCUAAGCUUCUAGCUUCCACGUCAAGCGUCGUCGUUUAUACGGAAAAUGUCGGCAAUUUCGAAUCUCCCAGCGUAUGGUCACGGCGGUUGCUCCGUUCGUUUUCCACAGAACAAGCUCACCAAGUUUCCGGCAACACUUUCUUCUCCGUUCCUCAGAAGUGAAGAUAAUGCAUUUCAAAGCUGUCGGUUAGCUCAGGGAAACUUAAACGGGGGAGCCAAGCAUGGAGGUGUUCGUAUGGCGUUAUUAGACGAGAGGCUUGCUCGUAGUGGAGAUUUGUUUAAGUCUUCUGAGAUCCUUGCAUAUGAUCUUGUUCAAGGAGCUCUUGUUAGAUGGAGUUCUGUAAUGGAUCGAUCAGUUCCUGAUCCACCAACGGCUGUUUUUCUACAUGGCAUUCUAGGUAGCCGAAAGAAUUGGGGGACCUUUGCUCGAAGGUUAGCACAAGAGUUUCCAACAUGGCAGUUUCUCUUAGUAGACCUCCGCUGUCAUGGUGAUUCAGCCUCCGUAAAGAAGAGGGGGCCCCAUUCUGUUGCAUCUAGUGCUCUUGAUGUCUUGAAGCUAGUUCGACAGCUGAGAAUAACACCCAGAGUUUUAGUUGGUCAUAGUUUUGGUGGAAAAGUUGCCUUAAGCAUGGUGGAACAAGCUGCAAAACCUCUUGCAAGACCAGUCAGGGUGUGGGUUCUAGAUGCCACUCCUGGGAAAGUUCGACCUGGUGGAGAUGGGGAGGACCAUCCCUCAGAGCUAAUAUCUUUUCUGAGUACACUGCCAAAGGAGGUAUCUUCAAAGCAUGAUAUUGUGGCUGCUCUAGUUCAAGAAGGGUUUUCUGAAGAUGUGGCACAGUGAGUGGUUACUAACCUUCGGCCAACUAGCCCUCCUGGUUUGUCACCAUCAUCAAACUUCUCAUGGGUGUUUGAUCUCAAGGGAAUUGCUGAGAUGUAUCAAUCUUAUGAAAAGACAAAUUUAUGGAAAAUUGUUGAGGAUGUACCUAGAGGAGUACAUGUGAAUUUUUUGAAGGCAGAAAGAAGUUUGCACCGAUGGUCACUCGAAGACAUUCAGAGGAUUCAUGCUGCUGAAGAGAUUGCUUCAGAGGAGGGAGGUGGAGUUGAAAUGCAUGUGCUUGAGGAUGCUGGCCAUUGGGUGCAUGCUGAUAAUCCAGACGGACUCUUUCGGAUUCUUUCAUCGUCUUUUCGAGGCGUCAGAACCUGAGGGAUCUCGAUUCAGUUCACAGGUUGUAGCCCUCAGAUUAAGCUCCAGCAUUUUUUUUUUUUUUUUAAAAUACCUGUUGUGUUAAUAUAUUUUUGCAUCCUCCCUUUCCAUUUUGUAUGCUUAGUGUAUGUAACACUGUAUCAUAGUAAUUCUUUUUUUCUUCAUUUAUUUAUUAUUAUUUUUUUUUUCCCUCUGUUCUUCUUCU